GGCAUGAUGGAUUGAGUCUGAACGACCAUUUAGAAAAGGGCCCAAAUUACAUCAAUAAUCUCUGUGACAUCCUUUUGGCUUGGCGUUGGGACAGUGUCGCUUACUCUGGUGACAUAAGGAAAAUGUUCAACCAAAUCACAGUUCAUCCAGAAGAUCAAAUCUUCCACCGCUUCUUAUGGAGGAAAAGCCCUCAAGACCCGCCUACUGUGUAUCAGUGGCUCAGGCUGAACUUCGGAGACAAACCAGCCCCAGACAUCGCCACCAAUACGAUUAACUUCCUCGCAAAGUCAUCUGAAGACCAGUUCCCUGAAGCUGCAGCGGAACUUAGAGAACAUGCAUAUGUCGACGAUAUUGGAGGUUCAAAGAUGCAGUCAUCGGAAGCAAAGAAAGUCAUCAAAGACCUCGACACAAUACUGAGCAAAGGACAAUUUAAAAUAAAGGCCUGGCACUCAAACAACAGAGCCAUAGACCAAUCUGAAGGAGACCAAUUCACUGAUCUACUGGGACACAGAUGGAACAAAGACACAGAUACUUUCUCCCUCAAAAGAAAUGCAAUCACGGCACCUCAUCAGAACUUGACGAAACGAAACUGCCUAGCACUCCUCGCUCAAAUCUGGGAUCCCAUUGGUCUAGUGUCACYAGUAACAGUAAAGUUCCGAAUCGAUCUUCAAGAUCUUUGGAGCUCAGGGUUUAACUGGGAUGAUGUCCUACCCGAUAGCCUUCAACAAAAAUGGAGAGAAAACUUGGAGGUAAUGAAUCAUUUAUUGACCUUCGAGUUCAAGCGACAACUAAAGCCUAGCAACGCAGUUGGUCCACCCGAAGUCCACGGAUUCUCUGACGGAGGGGAGUUAGCCUAUGGAGCCGUCAUCUUCCUCAGAUGGGAACUGAAAGAUGGAUCCUAUAAAUGCGUCCCAAUAAUGAUUAAGCCCUUCGUCGCACCACUGRAAAAGAAGUCGAUCCCGAGACUCGAACUGCUUGGAUGCCUCGCUCUUACCAGGAUGUAUGACAGCUGUACGAAAGCGCUGAAUUUUGCAAAGAUCAACAACUGUAGAAGAACAUUCUGGGUCGAUUCAUCCACAGUACUCUCUUGGUUGAAAACCCCUCCAAAGGAGUUCAAACCCUUUGUUUCUGCCAGAGUAGCCGAGAUACAAGAAACGGUCGACACMAACGACUUCAAGUACAUCAGAUCAAAGCACAACCCCGCGGACGCCCUUACCAGAGGCAUCAAGGCAGAGCUCUUGAACUCUUGGUUUAACGGACCUGAGUUCCUACAGCGUCCAGAAAGUGAAUGGCCCACGUUCGAAGAAGAGCCAAAAGGCCUUAACGGAGAGCCUUCGUUAGACGCUGAGACCAGAAGAGAGAAGAAAACCUCAACGAAGAAUGAAAUGGGAACCUACAACACAAGGUCUACCACAAUCCACUUGKCAGCUGUUUUCAAAGGAGAAGAGAAAAAAGACAAUCCCAUUCUUUCGCACCUGCUGACAUCAUGCUCCACAUUCCAGAAAGUCAGAAGGACCCUGGCCUACGUACUACGUUUUGUCCAAAAGGCUGCAAAGAAAUCAACAGAAGGAGGACCUCUCACAGUUAAAGAACUGAGUAACGCAGAGAAGCAUAUCUUCAAAUUUGUACAGCUGAAAGUAGAUGUUACGAAACUCGAUAAGGGUUUGAUCGCUCAAGCAGAUAAAGAUGGUAUCGUGAGAGCCCAUGGACGAUUAGAGAAUGUACAAUCCCUUCCACAUGAUAUGCGAAAUCCAAUCAUCCUCCCGAAAGAUCACCCCCUCGUAGAGCGGCUUAUCAUACACCUACAUAACGAAAGGAGACACUGUGKAUACAAGAGCUUAAUCCACGAGACCCGGAAACGUUUCUGGAUUGUUGGAGUACGAAGUAUGGCUAAACGUCUUACAAGAGAAUGUGUGGUGUGCAGAAAGCUCCGAAGGAAGCCGCUAGAGCAGCUCAUGGGUCAAAUUCCCCAUCUUCGUGUUGCCACAAGUUACCCUGCCUUUACGAACACAGCACUCGACAUGUUUGGACCAAUCCAGAUACGACUUAAUCGGAAAACUUUAAAAGAGGCUCAAAUCAUAAUCUUCACAUGUAUGACCACAAGAGCAGUCCACCUGGAGUUGGUGACAGACAAGAGCACGGAAACUUUCCUUAUGGCGUUCCGACGUUUCGCAAGCUUGAGAGGUCACCCGAGCGUGUGUUGGUCCGAUCAAGGCACAAACUUUGUCGGAUCUCAGCACUACCUUGAAGAAAUUAUGAAACAGUGGGACCUAGACAAGAUCCAAACCACUCUAUCUAAUGACUUCACGUGUGAUUUCAAAUGGGAAUGGAACAUCCCAACUGCCAGCCAUCAAAAUGGAGUUGUUGAAUCACUAAUCAAGUCUGUACGUCAARCCCUUGAUGCAACUUGCAAGAACCAAAGCUUCUCAGAAGAACAAUGGCGCACCUUCCUUGCCGAAACCAGCUACAUUAUCAACAGCAGACCUUUAUAUCCURGCUCGGACAACAUCUGGGAAAGUCCACCAAUCACACCUAAUGAUAUACUGAUGGGUCGACACAUUUCWCCACCUCAGCCCUUAGCGGAAGAAAAAGUCAGCCCCCGUGACCUAGUGCGAUCUACUCAGAAACGUAUUGAAGAAUUUUGGUGCUGUUGGAUGAAGUACUUUUCACCAAAUCUGCUCCCAAGGAACAAGUGGUACCGAAACAGAGAGAAUGUAGCUGUUGGAGACUUGGUAUUACUAAUCGACCCGAAGCRGAGGAGAACCAAAUGGAACGUGGCACUAGUAGUGACCACAUACCCAGGGGAUGACGGACUAGUGAGGAAAGUCAGAGUCAAGACACAAACUGGCCAAUAUGAUAGACCAAUACACAAACUCUGCCUCAUUGCCACUCACCAGGAACUUCAGAGUGGCAAUUAA